UCCAGUGACGUCACGGCAGACUGGGGCUGUUUAUUGUUCUUGUGAGCGACGACGGAGGAAAAUACUGAAGCUAGCCCGCCGACACUCGCCUGUUUCCCGCGGUCUACAAGCUGGUAGUCGGCCACACAGCCCGCUGCAGACAUGGCGUACGCUUACCUCUUCAAAUACAUCAUCAUCGGGGACACAGGUGUGGGAAAAUCAUGCCUAUUACUACAGUUCACAGACAAGAGGUUUCAGCCUGUCCAUGACCUCACCAUUGGCGUGGAGUUUGGGGCAAGGAUGAUCACUAUAGAUGGCAAACAGAUCAAACUGCAGAUCUGGGACACGGCCGGCCAGGAGUCCUUCCGCUCCAUUACCAGGUCUUACUACAGAGGAGCAGCAGGAGCACUGCUGGUUUAUGACAUCACAAGGAGGGACACCUUUUACCACUUGACCGUCUGGUUAGAGGACGCUCGCCAACAUUCCAACUCCAAUAUGGUCAUUAUGCUCAUUGGCAACAAGAGUGACCUGGAAUCUCGGAGAGAGGUAAAGAAAGAGGAAGGGGAAGCGUUUGCCAGAGAACAUGGCCUCAUAUUCAUGGAGACUUCAGCCAAGACUGCCUUCAAUGUAGAGGAGGCCUUCAUCAACACAGCCAAGGAGAUCUACGAGAAGAUCCAGGAGGGGGUUUUUGAUAUCAACAACGAGGCUAACGGCAUAAAGAUCGGCCCCCAGCACCCCACCACCAACUCCACACUGCCUGGGAGUCAGGGGGGUCAGCAGGCUGGGGGGGGCUGCUGCUGAACCACCAUCUUCUCUCCAACACCUGUCCAGCUCACUCUCAUCCUCCCGUGGCUUUUCUUGCCCUCCAUCCAUGCCCACCUGCACACCUGCACACCUGCCUACCUGCCUGGGUGGGUAGACAGGUGUGUUCCCACAUGUCCAGAUGAUGCAGGCAUUCCAGCACAGUCCCAAUGUGUCGUCAUGGCAACCUGCAGUUGAAUUAACACUAAAAGUAGUUUUAAAUUGUCCUGGGCAGAGAAUAAAGUGUUGGUGUGACAAGGAAGGAGUAUUUGUCACUUCUGCUGCCCGACCACACCUUCUAGUAGAGUGGGGGGGCGCACUUCUUCACUCGGGGACUCAAUGGCAAGAAAUACUUUUUUUUGGGCCUGCAUGUAAAGUAUGAAUAUUGUUUUAUAUAUAUAUAUAUAUAUAUAUAUAUAUAUAUAUAUAUAUAUGUAUAUGUAUAUAUACUGUCUGUAUAAUUUUUAUUGAAUUUAAUUGGAUAUUGUUUGUGAGGACUUUAAAAUGUAAUCAAUCAGCUUAACAUGGAUAAUAAUUGUGGGGAGAGUGUUUUACAUUUGUACCCAUCAUGCAUUGCGGGGGAUAUAAAUGCUUGUAAUUUAGAAGUAUGUGUUGUGCAUGGACAUGUUUUUAUUUGACCCCCCCCCCCCCAGUGUUCAGUGAGCAGCUUGUGUCCAGUGUGACUUCCUGUGCUGGUUUAUUUGCACCAUGACUGGGAGAGGUUGUUUGGAUUGGGUCAUACAUCAAAAUGCUGUGCACGUCACGGUCAUUAGCCUGAAUGACUCCCUGUGUCCACCAGAGGGCGGCAAAGUGAUCUAUGAAGGUGGUGAGGUGGUUAGGACCCCCCUGCCUGGUCAUGUGAAGGCUUCUAGAAGGAAAUGGAAGGUGCAGUGUUUCAUCUUUGAAGAUAUAUCACUCUUUCUUUACCUUUUCACUCCCUUCUCUCCUCCCCGGCUAGCUUCCCGCGUGCUAACAUUGUCUUUGUUCUUUGCCAAAAUAGCGUGUUGGGUUAGAUGAAGAAGUCAACAUCAGCUGUCUGCCUUAACUCCGCCCCCUUUCAGACAUCCUCUUUGACCUUGUUGGGCCUGUGUCACUAACACUUGUUGUCCAACAUGAUGGAGACGUGUGGACGGCCACGGGGGGAAAAUAUUUAUCUGUGGAUUAAUCUUCUUCUCUCUGCUCUCCCCUCAAAACUUCUUUGUUGUGUUUGUUCUUUGGAGAAAAAUGGGAAAAAAAUCAAAAAGAAAAUGCUAUCACAAUAAAGUAUAAUACAACAUUCUCAA